AUGACACCGCAAGAACAGCCGAUGAUUGAAUCCGAUCCUCAGGUUAUUGGAAGGCUAGACAACGAAGAGAACGAUGAAUCUGACUCUAUUGCAGAUAGCGCCAGUUUGCGAGACUCAACGGCAUCGAUAACCUCCAGUAUUUUAAGUUAUCGUACCAUCAAUGGCAGGAAGUAUCAGUCUUCCAAAACUACCGAGUACUGGGCCCCCACGGGCGAUCAACAUGUCGAGGGCUUUGACGUAGCUCCUGACGCGUACCUUACCAACCAUCACUUUACUACGAUGCUUCUGGAUGAUAAGCUAUUUUCUGCUCCAAUUGUGGAUAAUCCCCAAGAUGGAAUUUUCCCCACUGGUACUGACUUAUCUCGGGCUAUUUUGGACGUCGGGGCUGGUACAGGCAUCUGGGCAAUCGAUGUGGCGGAUGAGUAUCCUUGGGCCGAAGUAAUCGGCACUGAUAUCUCUGCAGUUCAGCCGGAUUAG